AUGUUCAGACCAACAACCUCAUCAGCUCUAAGAGCUAUUCCCUCAUCAUCUCGAUCAGUCUUCACUCCUUCAGUCGUAGCGAGAUCGUUCCAUGCUAGUGCAAGUGCAUCAUUGGCCACUCCAUCAGAAACCAAACCUGACCAAACCAAGGAAUUCAAAAUCUACCGAUGGAACCCAGAUACACCUUCAGAGAAACCAACAUUACAAUCAUACAAAGUCGAUUUGUCACAAUGUGGUCCAAUGAUGUUGGAUGCUUUGAUCAAAAUCAAAAACGAACUUGAUCCUACACUCACAUUCAGAAGAUCAUGUCGUGAAGGUAUCUGUGGUUCAUGUGCAAUGAACAUCGAUGGUGUAAACACUUUAGCUUGUUUAUGUAGAAUUGAUAAAGAUCUUAACAAAGCUUCAAAAGUAUACCCAUUACCUCAUAUGUACAUCGUCAAAGAUCUUGUACCCGAUCUUACCCUUUUCUACAAACAAUACAAAUCCAUUGAACCCUUCCUCAAGAACGAUAACCCACCUGCUCAAGGAGAAUUCUUGCAAAGUCCAGAAGACAGAAAGAAGCUUGAUGGAAUGUACGAAUGUAUCUUAUGUGCUUGUUGUUCAACUUCUUGUCCAUCCUACUGGUGGAACCAAGAUCAAUAUCUCGGUCCUGCAGUUUUGAUGCAAGCUUAUCGAUGGAUGGCCGAUUCUCGAGACUCUUACGGUGCUGAACGAAAAGAACGAAUGAACAACACAAUGUCUUUAUACCGAUGUCACACCAUUUUCAACUGUUCUCGAACAUGUCCUAAGGGUCUUAACCCAGCUUUGGCAAUUGCCAAGAUGAAGCUCGAGAUGGCCACCGAGUAA